UCAUCAUAAUGGCACCAGCCACACAUUUAUGCCAAUUCGUUCUUUAGACAGCACAUUGAUCAAUCUUGCCCCCUCAGCCAAGUUACCAUAAAAAAAAUCAUCAAUAGCCAUAAUUGCUACCUAUACUGUUGAGAAAACCAGUUUUAAAAAUAUUAUAGCUCAUGUUCAUUGCUCAAUUAGGCAAGCCUACCAAAAGUAUUUCACUUGCUCACUCAUAGAUUCUACUAAUUAACAAAGGUAUUCACUCUGCAACAUCAGCUGCAGGACAAUUCUAUAUGUUGGUCCAAUGAUAAUGUGGGAGAUUAAGUUCAAAUAUUGGAGAUGAACUAUGAUUAAGAAAUACUUAGCUAAAAAAAUGGGUUCCACAUGUUUCGGCUAUUUAGAGACAAGUGACCUGCUUUUGUUUAUUAUGUGAGUUCGUAUACGAAUUUGGAAAUUUUUGAACAAAAGAUUUGAUAAGGAUGAAAUGACGAUGAUGUUAGUAUAUUCAUCUGUUUUCAAAGCAUGACCGGACGAUGAACCAAAAAAGUUAAUUGUUUAUGGUUCAAUUGUUACUCAUCAUAAGAUCGUUAGUUAAGCAUUGAUAGAAUCAUCUAUGCGCGGGGCCGGAUAGCGUGACAACCCCUUUAGGGGUUGUCAAUCUCGCUUCCCCCUUCCUAGCCCUUCAUCCCCUUAUAUCUCCAUCCGACGAUUGAUGAUAGACAGGGGCAAAAAAGAGAGCUUCCACACUGGAUCCAGCUCCCAUUAGUUCUCUAACGUCAGGCGCGUUUUGAAAAGGCAAAGAAAUCGGUGGUGGAGAGAAAUUAGCCACCCUCCUCGGCGAACCAUUCGUCUCCCCAAAACAGCCUGUACAUUACUCCACUGAAACCCUUUUCCUCCGUCUUCUCCCAAAGCAUCCCCUUUCAGCGUCUCGGAUCGCUUUUCUCCGCUUUUCUUGAUAGCAACUCGUCCGGUCCCGUUCGAUUGCGAAGACUUUGUUUUUCAGAGCAUAGGUAAUUCAGGUAAAGCAAAAAUUUUACAAUGUAAUUUUCAUUCAGCCUCCUUUUAUGCUUGCUUUCCCGCCCCGAUUCGUCGGCUCUAUCGCUCCUCUCCACUUCUUCAUCUUUUUCUAUUCACUUCUGGUUAUCCUAACUAGUUUUUUUCUCCUUCUGGUUAAGCGCAUAGGCGAACAUCCUUUCGCCAUCGUUCCUUUCUGCGGCCGUGCAAACAAUCCCCGGUGAGAUUUCUUUACACUACUGCUUUUGUUUUCCGAAUGCAAUGUUGGAAUAAGCCACAUGAAGGCCUGUCUUUCUUGUGUGGUGUGUUUGUUUGGUGUUGGUAUGAUCCAUUGGUAGUCUUAAAUUCGUAUAGUGCUAGUGGUAGUUGUGUUACUGGUACCCAUAACAUUGAUAUGCUAAUAGUGGUGGUUUAAUGGAAUGGUAUAACUUGUUCUAGAUGUAGUGAUAGUAAUACCAAUUGAUUUGUACCAGUAUCAAUGAAUUGAUACCAGUACACACUUAUUGGUACAAGUACCACUUAUGGGGGCUUCAGGUACCGUUGUAUUUGUUUCGGUAUGAUUGAAUGGUAGUUUUCUAUUGGUACCAGUUGUAAUGGUAAUUGUGUUACUGGUACCAAUGACAGUGGUAUGCUAAUAGUGGUAGUUUAAUGGAAUGACACAACUUGUUCUAUCUGUAGUGGGACUGGUACCAAUUGAUUUGUAGUAGUACCACUAAAGAGUAACCAUUACAUACUGAUUGGUACCAAUAACAUUCUAGAUUGUUAGUAGUAGUAUUGUACAGUAACAUUCUACGUUGCAAGUAGUAGUAGUAGCAGUACUUGUAGUGAUAUCAUUUUAGAAGUGUGGAUCUCAGUGACAAGAUAACAUUCUAGAUUGUUAGUAGUUGUACAGUAACAUUCUACGUUGCAAGUAGUAGUAGUAGCAGUACUUGUAGUGAUAUCAUUUUAGAAGUGUGGAUCUCAGUGACAAGAUAACCCUCUUGAAGUUUUGAGUAAAAAUUCGUACCAAGCAUUUUUUGUUGUUGUUGCAGGAAUGGCAGAACAAAGAUAUCAGUUAUAUCAUCCGGGAAUACACACAACCUGAUGGUUGUGCAUCUCAACAGGUAGCAAUACGCUUGGGGGACUCAAGUGAUUCGAGUGCUGGGCCUAGUAAAAAACGACCACGUGAUGAGGAUACAAAGAGUCGCAACAAGAAGAAGAAGCAAUGGACUGUAGUCCAACUUCAAUCAUCGAGAUUAUGGAGGCCGGUAUUUCGGAUGAGAAGAAGGUUGGGCUAGGUUGGGCUAGGUUGUGUGUUGGAUUUAAAGAGUAACAUAAUUGCUUCAUGUACAUGUCCAAGUAUGAAGAAGUUUAUGGGUAUUUCUUGUCUUUAAUUUGAUCUUGGGUAAAGUACUAUUGCUUACAUUGACACAAUUGGUUUGGUGUUUGAUUGUGAAAAUUCAGUACCUUCUCCACUGGCUAUAGAAAUAUCCCUUCACUGGUACCAAAUCAAUGGUACUGUUAACAAAUCAAUAGUACUGAUGCCAAAUUUAUGCCACUGAUAACCAUUAAUAAGACUGGUAUCAAAUUAGUGGUACUCGUACCAUUAAUAAGACUGGUACCAAUUAAUGCUACGUGUAACCAUUACUAAGACUGGUACAUAAUCAGUGGUACUAGUUACAUUAAUACGAAUGGUACCAAAUUAAUGGUAUUGGUAACAAUUACUGAAGACUGGUACCAAUUGAGUUUUACUGGUACAAUUUUAAUGGUAAUGUCUCCACUGUAAAGGUAUUGGUACCAAUGUAAAUGACUAUUGAUGGUAUACCUUUAGUGAUAUUAGCAAGUCGCAUUAUUUACCCUCUUAUCCGUAUCCUACUACUACUAGGAAGUACCACUAAUUAACUACGACUAAAUAACUACCACUAGAUGACUACGUGUCUACCACUAAUUAGAAACAUAACUAAUGGUACUUUUUUUUGAAACAUUAGUUGUACCGAUAGUAAAACACUAAAAAUGGAAAGGAAUUCGUAACGGCUUAGGGGUUAACCCUACCACCAUUGUUGGCAUCGACGCUAUUCUCCGCCUCGCCGUCGUCGGCAUCAACGCGAUCGGGUGCAACAUGAAAUGGUCGUUCUUCUCCACAUCGAGGCCAUAUUGGACGUGGUCCGAGGUUCCGGAUGAUAUUCAUUCACCAGCUCCUCCACUUCCAAAACGUCGUCAACAUCCACCAUGCACACAUCAUCGCCUUUGUCCGUCGGGUCCGCCUGGUAAGCUCCGGCCUCAUAUAUAUCCUUGUCGUUGCUUGUUAAUGGGACAUUCAGAUCGAACCCAAAUAAACACGUAGGUUCAGCUCCCACCUGUCGUCAUCGUUGCUGAUGUAGCCGUCCAUUGUAUGGCGGCGGCCGCGUAUUUCAGAUGAGAAGAAGGUUGGGUUAGGUUGGGCUAGGUUGUGUGUUGGAUUUAAAGAGUAGCAUAAUUGCUUCAUGUACGUUUCCAAGUAUGAAGAAGUUUAUGGGUAUUUCUUGUCUUUAAUUUGAUCUUGGGUAAAGUACUAUUGCUUACAUUGGCACAAUUGGUUUGGUGUUUGAUUGUGAAAAUUCAGUACCUUCUCCACUGGCUAUACAAAUAUCCCUUCACUGGUACCAAAUCAAUGGUACUGUUAACAAAUCAAUAGUAUUGAUGCCAAAUUUAUGCCACUGAUAACCAUUAAUAAGACUGGUAUCAAAUCAGUGGUACUCGUACCAUUAAUAAGACUGGUACCAAUUAAUGCUACGUGUAACCAUUACUAAGACUGGUACAUAAUCAGUGGUACUAGUUACAUUAUUACGAAUGGUACCAAAUUAAUGGUAUUGGUAACAAUUACUGAAAACUGGUACCAAUUGAGUUUUACUGGUACAAUUUUAAUGGUAAUGUCUCCACUGUAAAGGUAUUGGUACCAAUGUAAAUGACUAUUGAUGGUAUACCUUUAGUGAUAUUAGCAAGUCGCAUUAUUUACCCUCUUACCCGUAUCCUACUACUAGUAGGAAGUACCACUAAUUAACUAUGACUAAAUAACUACCACUAGAUGACUAAGUGUCUACCACUAAUUAGAAACAUAACUAAUGGUACUUUUGUUUGAAACAUUAGUUGUACCGAUAGUAAAACACUAAAAAUGGAAAGGAAUUCGUAACGGCUUAGGGGUUAACCCUACCACCAUUGUUGGCAUCGACGCUAUUCUCCGCCUCACCGUCGUCGGCAUCAACGCGAUCGGGUGCAACAUGAAAUGGUCGUUCUUCUCCACAUCGAGGCCAUAUUGGACGUGGUCCGAGGUUCCGGAUGAUAUUCGUUCACCAGCUCCUCCACUUCCAAAACGUCGUCAACAUCCACCAUGCACACAUCAUCGCCUUUGUCCGUCGGGUCCGCCUGGUCAGCUCCGGCCUCAUAUAUAUCCUUGUCGUUGCUUGUUAAUGGGACAUUCAGAUCGAACCCAAAUAAACACGUAGGUUCAGCUCCCACCUGUCAUCAUCGUUGCUGAUGUAGCCGUCCAUUGUAUGGCGGCGGCCGCGUGGAUUGUAUUUUCCGGAGGUAUUGUGGUAUGGUUUGAUGAGGGAGGAGUCAGAAAUGGAAGGGAAAGAGUCCCAUCCAAAAUCGGUUGUUCAGCUCCCACCAAUCACGCUCCCAGAUUUGCACCAUGCAUUUAAGUUUUAUUCAAAAUUAUUUCAGUUAGUUACUUACAAAAACACCCUUCGUGCGCUCCUGGACGUUGGAUAAAGAAGGAGGACGGACGGCUAUAAAGUGGGAAGUGAGAUUGACAACCCUUAUGGGUUGUCACGCUAUCCUAUCCCCAUAAUAUAAAAGAUAUCUAUAAUACACCAAUUUCGGCACUUCAUUUGUCACUAACGAUAAACAAGUUCAUAUCUACAUCCUCCUCCAUCACCUGUGGUUCGAACUAAUCAUUCAAACCGCCAUUAUUCUUGAAUUGACGGUUAAAAUGGCCUAACCAUAGAUCCGAUUAUAAUAUUUAGCGCGACAAUUAAAAAUUCCCAGAUAAAUUCACUAAAAAUUAAAACUAUGUUAUUGUCAAUAUGUAAUUAAUUCGUAUAAAUCUAACAAAACGUCGAAAUGAAACGAAGUCGUUUCUUUCAGGAAUUUGCAGUCAAUGCUGAACAGUGAACUCACGAGUAUGGCAAAAAGAACAACAAAACUUCCUGUUUCUCCGUUUUUGUUCCAGUAUUAGGGUUUAAGUAUUCAACAACAAAAUCCACAAAAAGUUCGGACCAAUUUAUCAGCUGUGUUAGUGUAGCCGUGGAAGCAAUGGCAAUGGGAACUUGGUCGGCUUCCUCACGUGUCUCCCCCUUGAUUUUAAGGUCCAUCUCAAGAAACCCCAGAUCACUCUGUUCCCAAGCUGAACCCCCCACCAAGCCCGUCUUAGACUCCGAUUCUCCUCCACAGAAUCUCUACUCAAGCUCAGAUGUGUCCAAUGAAACUUCCCCAGAACCCCAUUUGCCCGAAAUCGCAAUUCCAGGAUGUAAAGAUUGUGUCUUGACGCAAGCUGACGUGAUAAGCAGCCUUCUCAGUCGUAGAAACGACCCCGAUUCAGCUCUGCAAUACUUCAAGUGGGCGGAGAGGAGACGCGGGCUUGUAAGAAGCAUCGAUUCGAUGUGCAUUCUGCUUCACAUUCUGACGAAAGAGCCCAGGACUCGUCGUCAGGCACAGUAUCUGCUCAAUCAGUUCGCUUCUGGUGAUUAUUCAGGUCCGACUCCCUGUACUGUAGUUGAUCAUUUGAUGCAGUGUCCGGAAAGUUUCAGUCUUGAACGAGAUUCCCUGGUUUUCGAUUACUUGUUGAAUAGUUAUGUUAGAGCUGGAAGGCUGGAUGGAGCCGUAGAUUGUCUUAAUUCAAUGGUGGGUCAUGGUGUUUUCCCCUCAGUGCCGUUUGUGAACAUAGUCUUGAGUGAAUUGGUUAAAAGUGGCAUGAUUCGUGAGGCAGACAAUGUCUACUAUAAAAUGGUUGCGAAUGGCAUGGAAGGGGACGGUGUGACGGUUAAAGUUAUGAUGCGUGGCUGCUUGAAGGAAGGUAGAGAUGUGGAAGCUAUGGAGUUUUUUGUGAAGGCGAAAGAGAAGGGGAUUGGGCUUGAUGCUGUGGCAUACAGCAUUUGCAUUCAGGCUGUUUGCAGGAAGCCUGAUGCAAAGUUGGCGUGUGAGUUGUUGAGUGAGAUGAAAAUCAAGGGAUGGGUUCCAUCCGAGGGUACUUUUACCACAGUCAUUGCGGCUUGCAUGAAGCUUGGGAAUAUGGCUGAAGCUUUGAGACUUAAAGACGAGAUGGUGAGUUGUGGGAUGUCGGUGAAUGUGGUGGUGUUUACGAGUUUGAUUAAAGGUUAUUGUAAGCUAGGCCAAUAUGAUAGUGCCUUGGAUCUCUUUUAUCGGAUGGGCGAGUCAGGGGUUCCGCCUAACAGGGUGACAUACUCAAUAUUGAUUGAUUGGUCUUGUAAGUGUGGGAAUGUGAGUAAAGCUUGCGAGCUCUAUGGACAGAUGAAGAAGAAAAGCAUCCGACCUAGUGUGUUCACUUUCAACUCUUUGCUUCAAGGACUCUUGAAGAAAUGUGCUCUCGAAGAGGCGAACAAGUUGUUCGAUGAGGCCAUUGAAGAUGGCAUUGCUGAUGUCAGCACCUAUAACUGCUUACUGUCAUUCUUUUGCAGUGAGGGCAAAGUAGAUGAAGCACAACAUUUGUGGGAAAAGAUGUUAAGCAAAGGUGUCAAACCUACAAUUGUUUCAUACAACAACGUGAUUCUUGGCUACUGUAGAGCAGGUGACUUGGAUAAUGCAUGUAGUGCAUUGUCCCAACUCCAGGACUCGGGUUUCAAACCUAAUGUGAUCACUUACACAAUUUUGAUAGAUGGCUAUUUUAAAAAAGGUGACCCUGAAAGUGCUUUCAAAAUGUUCGACCAGAUGUUGAUUGAGAACAUUCUCCCCUCAGAUUACACAUACAAUUGUUUAAUUACUGGGAUGUGCAAAGCAAGUAGAACAUCUGAAGCACAAGUGAGGCUGAGGAAGUUUUCUGAAGAAAAAGGGUUUGCUCCUUCAGUUUUAACUUAUAACACCGUUAUGGAUGGAUUUGUGAAGGAGGGUGAUGUCAAUUCUGCAUUGGCAGUUUACAGAGAGAUGCGUGAAAGCGGUCUUUAUCCAAACGUCGUGACUUAUUCUACAUUGAUUAAUGGAUUAUGCAAAAGCAAUAACUUCGAUCUUGCUUUAAAGAUGUGGCAUGAUGUUAAAAGCAAAGGAUUUCACUUAGAUGUUACUUUGCACAGCACUCUGAUAGAUGGAUUUUGCAAGAAAGGGGACAUGGAGAGUGCAUGGCAAUUCUUCUCUGAACUCCUUGAGGCUGGGCUAUCUCCGAAUACUGUUGUCUACAAUAGCAUGAUAAGUGGCUUCAGGAAUCUUGAUAACCUGGUGGCAGCACUCAAGUUGUAUAAGAGAAUGCAGGCUGAUGGAGUUCCUUGUGAUCUACAAACUUACACGACAUUGGUUGAUGGUUUCCUCAAGGCGGGAGAACUAGUCUCUGCUACUGAUCUUUACACUGAGAUGCUUGCCAAAGGCUUUGUUCCUGACAUAGUAACAUAUGGUGUCCUAAUAAAUGGGCUUUGUAACAAAGGACAGAUGGAUAAUGCACAAAAGAAACUGGAAGAAAUGGAUAGGAAGGGGAUAACCCCGAAUGUUCUCAUUUACAACACUCUAAUUGCUGGGCACUUUCGAGAGGGAAACUUGCAGGAGGCAUUUAGACUGCAUAAUGAGAUGCUUGACAGAGGUCUCGUUCCAGAUGAUACCACUUAUGAUAUGCUCGUUAGCGGGAAAGUGAAGGGACAACGUUCAACAUCUACUGCUGGGGCCAGCACAGCUGUGAAGAUGUGAACUCCCGCUGAUCAUAUUUACCCCCAAGGAGCAGAAGUUGUUUAUAAUCAUCCUGCAGCCAGAUCUUGUGCCAACCAUAAGGAAGUCGUUUUUCGGUUCGCAGAUGGUAGCUCGCUCAUUUAAUUGCAUUCUCGAUUUGGCUGAAGUUGUUUAUAUUCCUUGAAGUGUUGAUGGCUUUGUCCUGAAAAAAUACCCAAAGCUACUACUCUUAUAGUCCCUGAUCCUUCCUUGCCAUUUGUAGGAACUGAUGAAAAGUCGGGCACAUAUGCCUUUCUUGAUACUAAUACCAUUGAAACUAGGAGAAGGUAAAACACGGUCAGCAAGUCUUCUGCUUUGUUAACCUUUGUUUGUUAUAGUGUGCCAAUGGAUCUCUUCCUUUUUCUCCUUCAUGAUAGGAAGAACUGUGCAGUGAAAAAGGAGAUCUUACAUAAAUUUAUUGCUUUGUCUCUUCCAGGGAUCAGAAUUCAGAUUAUCUUUGACUGAUGGAAGUAAUUCAUGCUUGUCCUAACUGCUCUGAAGGAGAAGACUGAGUGUGCAUAAAGAAGACGGUGAAUCUCUCUGGCAGAAUGAAUAGUAAUCGUCCACCUUCUAGCUACGUUAGAAUGCCAAGUCUAGUAGUCAACUUAACGCUUCAGAGUCCCUCUGUACUUGUAUAUUAUCACGAAAUAGACCGAUGAAUGCUUA